AUGGGUCUGGGGGUUAAGGCCGUGAGGACCGCCAGAAAAGGUGGUCUUCUCAUCGAGUUCGAGGGAUCUGUUAAAGAUCGCUCGGCGCUCGGUAAUAAGAUCACUGAGGUAGCCGGAGGAGACGUGGAGGUGCGCCAUCUCGCCCCUACCACUACGCUGGUAAUAGACGGGAUGGACUCCGCUACGACGGUCGAAGAGGUUAAGGCGGCCCUGGCAGGGGCUAUCGGUGGGACUGCGGAUGGACUCAACGUGUCCAUCACGAAACCCAAUAAAUGGGGAUCCAUCCGCGCUUUCAUCGAGGCUAGACUUGGGGCUGCUGCAGCCUUGGAGACCUUGGGAAAGGUCAAGGUCGGCUGGCUGGUUUGCCGAAUCCGCCGUUGGGAGCGACUCGAUCGGUGCUAUCGCUGCCAUGGACUGGGCCACUUAGCUGGCUCGUGCAAGGCAGGGGAAGACCGGAGCGGUUGCUGCUGGCGAUGUGGUGAGGCGGAUCACAAGUCGAAGACCUGUACCAAGCCUCCGCGCUGCCAUCUCUGUGAAGCGGUGGGAAGCGGGCAAGCCUUCGAUCACGUGGCAGGUUCUGGACGGUGUACGACCUAUCGGGAGGUACUCCAAAAGAAAAAUGGCUAA